CGAGACCUGACGCCUUGGAUUCCCUUUGUUCGACCGAUCCGAACACUUGCUGGCUGUGCUUUUCUGAUCGAUCCUCUCUUUUGCGCAGCAGUCCUCGAGUCUGACACGGGUCACACGUCUGGAAGUGCAGACGCUAAGGCUCGCGCUCGUUGUAAUUUUGCUGCGGCCGGAUAACGCUUGUUGUUAUCUUAUCGCUGUAGAGAGCAAGAGAGCGAGAGAGCGCAGGCGAAAGUGUGCAGCUUUGCCUUGCUUGUUCCCGCUAGUCCUCGUCUAUCUCUCUUUCUUUUUUUUAAUUUGACCCUUUGCCUCGCCUGACAUCAACCCGCAGCCAUCCGGACGAACAGAGCCCCCAACACCUUGCAUUCGACGAACCUCUGCCAGACGAGACCAGCGACCCGAACAAUAUCACUUGCUUCUUCGAGACGCGGCCUGUGUCCAGCAAUUUGUCCGCUCUGCUUUCCUGCAUCUCUUUCUGCUACGUCCGCAGUCCCGACAUCCCCUUUGGAAUCCGCGCCGCCCAAGCUUCGAUUCGCGCAACAAACCCGCACAUCCCGUACACCGUCGUCGUUCGAGCCAGGCAAAGAGGACCGUAGCUGCACAAAGGUCGCUACGGCCUUUUCGUAUCUUUCAACAUAGGGAAAACAAAGUCUCGUACCGCAGGCGCCAUGGUGGCCACGCGGAGCUCAGGCAUGAACGGGUCGGCGACGGUGGCGUCACCGCGCCCCCAAGUAGCGGUGCAAGAGGAGAAGACGGAGAACAUAUUCAUGUUCAUACCCAAUCAGAUAGGCUAUGCCCGCGUCAUCCUCGCCAUCGCAUCUCUAUACUACAUGCCGCUGCACCCGCGCACAUGCUCCGGCCUGUACUCGCUGUCGUGUCUGCUCGACGCGUUGGACGGCUACGCCGCACGACGCUACGACCAGUCCACCAAGUUCGGUGCUGUGCUAGACAUGAUCACGGAUCGCUGCACAACUUCGUGCCUGCUCGUCUUCCUAGCCUCCGCGUUCCCGCGCUGGUCCAUCGUCUUCCAAGGCCUCAUCUCGCUCGACUUUGCGUCGCAUUACAUUCACAUGUACGCAACCCUUGCCAUGGGCGGCAGCAACCAGUCGCACAAGUCGAUCGAUGAGGGCAGGAGCUGGAUCCUGAAGCAGUACUAUUCGAAUAGGACGGUGCUGUUCGUGUUCUGCGCGCUCAACGAACUGUUCUUCAUCGCGCUGUACCUUCUCUCCUUCUCGUCGCCCCUUCUUUCGCCUUCGCUCCUCAAUCCCCAGCCUUCGACGCUGCAGCCGGGCAGUCCCGCUGCGCCAAAGCCGUCGCUGCUCUUUACCAACCCAUGGUCGGCAGGCGCCAUGGAGAUGGCCAGGUAAGUGCUUACGAGGCCAACAGGUCUACGACCUACAAGACGGUCAAGGGAUUAACGCAAGCAUUGCCACGCAGGGCGAACAAGAUGGACAGCACAGUGCCCUGGAUUCUCGCGGGCAUUUCGUUCCCCGUCAUGUUUGGCAAGCAGGUGAUCAGCGUCAUCCAGCUUGUCAAGGCGAGCAAAUGGAUAGCGGAAGGCGACGUCGCUGAUCGCCGGGCCCGACGGGCGAAGAAGAACUAGAGAGAUGCAACCGAGCUGAUCGACCGGCUGGUCGGCCAGCUCCUCGUUCAUGCGUUCCGCCUAUCCACGACGUGAAAGAGCACGGGUCCUCGACGAGGCGAGGCGCUGGUGGGGCGAGCGUCGGUCGAAAGCGCGAGAAAUCACACAUCCUCUUCCGUCACUUGCUCUCUAGCCGUUCCCGAACAGUGGGAGCUCUGAACUGACCGGCGCCUCGAAGACCAUAGUGCUGUCCUGGCGAAGAAUGACUUGACCUGAGGUCCCUCUGUUUGCGCUCGCUUGGUUCUUUUGUUUCCAGUACAAUCCAAUUUUUUUUUGUUUCAUCGGUGUCCUUUCUGUGGGCCAGUGUGGGUGGGAGACUAAUCAACACACAUCUAUCUACAUAUAUUUCAAGGCAAGGCGCAUCAUCUGGAAUCUCGCAUAUUUUGAGGGGAGGGAGGUAUUGAAGCUACACGACGUUGCAUGCUUGGCUGCUACGCAGUUUGCUUCUCGCACACAUGUAAACAUUCACCCAUCGACCCCGCCCGCUACACACGCGAUCACACACGAAAGCCAUUGGAACUUUUGUGUGCGUACAACUUUCUUCUCCCUUUGUACUUUUUGUCACACUUACUGGAGCGAGAUCAAUAGACGGGGAAAGGUGGCGACUUUUGUUUUUCCCUUUUUUGUCACACAUUUGUAAUCGCUUAUGGAGAGCUCCUAAAUGACGCGACCAGGCUGGUUCGUCGUGCAGUUCUCUUCUGUUCUUUUUCUUUUUCCUUUACGUUGCUCCUCGUGUCUGCAUCUGAUCACUUUGUACAGACUAGCUCUAGCUCGAAACACGAACUCACGGCGAUAUCUUUGUCCGGCUGCUAAUAAUAGCACAACGCUCCUUUUCCUUUUCUCUGCACGUUUUGG